AUGAUUUCAACAAUCGGCACAACAGCAAUACAAGCCGCGAACGGCGGGACUCUGUCCACAACUACAGCACCAAACUCUUUAGUCAUGAAUCCAACAUCUAUGUUAGUAGAGAUGAAAAGCUUCAUUCCUUCUUCAUAUACUUUUGAAACAGAAAUCCAGAAGAUAAAGCAAGAACUUUUAACAAGUAAUUUAGACUGUAGUGCGAAAGAUGAAACAAAUGAACAGUAUCUUUAUGAAAUGCAGGACAUUAUUGACCAUUUACCUAAACUACCUGAAAUCCAACAACAAAAACUAACUAUUCCUGAAUUCGACGAAAUUGAAGUCAAAACAACUGACUCAGUAGAAAUAAAGAAGUUCAUUCGUAAGGUAAACUAUGAAUUCCUUGGUUUUCAUUGCAACCAUAAAGUUAUGGACAAAGAUUGCGACAUGGUUUAUAAGAAUGUUUCUGACAUAUAUAAAUCUGAAGAAUUUAAGACCUACGAUAACUUUGUUUCAUUAGUUGCUGAAUGUGUUUGGGAAAUAAGAGAUAAAGAUAGAAGAGGCAAAGUAUGGAACGAACAACUAAGACCCGCUAUGUUUGAGAUGAAGAGAGCAAUUGACGCCUUAGUUGUUCUAGCAGGUCAAAUUUCAAUGUAUAACGCAAAAAUGAACCCACAAUGUUCUAAAUGUAAAGCAGCAAUGAGGAGAUAUAACUACUCCGUCAAAGAGAUAGAAA